CCGGAAACAGGGCAUAAACAAGGCACAGGGAGAGUUAGGCGCACGGUGGUCAUAGUCCCUGAUAUUAAAUAGGGCAAUUUUUUAUUUUAUUUUAUUAUAAAGUGAGUCAGUGAUGUGAACGAAAGAGCUGGACUGGGUGUCUCCAUAAUCCAGGAAUACUGAGAAGCCAAGGCGAGAAACUCAACAGAACGCACAGCAGUGAAUGAACGUACAAGGGCAGACCGGAGAGAUGGUGCAGCCAACUGAAGGCCCUGGCGUGGACUAUGCCCCAAGUGCAGGAGGUCCAGGGAAUUCUUUGUUAGGAAUGCCAGACACCUUGCCUCAUGAGCUUGCUAACCAUGAACUCUUUCAGCGUCUAUUAGCGGAGAACCAAGACUUAAGAGAUGCUUUACAGCAAAGCAACACUAUGCUACGCAAACGGCACACCGAGAUGCUGGCAUUGCAGGACGCACAGAGAAACGAGCAUCAGUUCAUAGCAUCUAGAUUCAGUGAAGCACGGGACUUGGUCCAGAACCUAACCAAGGAGCGCAACGCCUUGCAAGCUCAACUCGAGCUGGCCAAAAAACAACUACACCAGGUCAUAGCUAAGGAAGAGCAUGCUCCAGGACGCACAGAGGAGGAAAGGAGGCAGCUGGCUGAGGUUUCUGACACAAGGCAUCCACCGAAUACAAACGAAGAGGACAACACCAGCCCAGGGAGUUCUUUAUCAUCCUGUGAAACUCUCACUCACAGUAUGUGUGAGACGAUCAGGAAGUCAGCACCAGACCUUGUUGGGCCAACCCGAUCCGAGCAGGAAAAGCUACACUUGCUAAUGGAAUCAAACCUCAAAAUCAGACAAGAGAAGGAACACCUUACUGGCACCCACAGCACAAAGGAAAUCAGAAUGAGGAUAGAAACAGGUGACAGGGAGGCACGCACUGAGGUUGAUAGCUUGCAAGGAGCUGGAGAGAGGAACAUCCGACUAGAGCAGGAAUUUCAGAGGAAGCUGCAGGAAGCUGAAGACCAGAAAGCUCUUCUCCAACAACAGAUUGUUAACCUUCAGGGAGAAAUUUCAGAACUGAGACUUCAGAUGGCAGAGAAAACAACAGAGUCUCAAAGACAGCUGCAGCUGCUGGCUGAAGAGAAGGUGUCUGUGAAAGCCCAAGUGACCUCUCUGUUAGGGGAACUGAAAGAGAGUCAGCUCAGCCUGGAGACCAGCACACAGGAGAAGAGGAAACUGGAGGAGAGCAUCCGCAGCACCCGCGACCAGCAGAAAGAAUGGGAAGCGCAAGUGAAGCAGCACGUCAUACAACUUGACCAGCGCAGGUUACAGGUGCAAAAUCUAGAAGCCGCUUUGAAAAUAGAGCGUCAGAAUGCCUGCGAGGAAAUGAGAAAGCUAGCACAGCUGCAGGCCGCAUAUCACCAGUUAUUCCAGGAAUACGAUGCCCAUAUCAAGAAAAGCCUACAGCUGGAAAAGUGUCUCCAGGAAUGUGAGGUUCAAGUGGCAGACCUGACACAGCAGCUGCAGGAGGCUGAAGAGGCGUUAGUGGCCAAGCAAGAACUGAUAGACAAGCUGAAGCAGGGUUCGGAGGAGGUGCAUGCAAAGCUGGACAGGAUCCCCGUCCUCGAAGCACAGGUUUCCAUUUAUCAUGAAGACUUUCAACAGGAGCGUGCUGCUAGAGGCAAGUUGCACGAAGAGAAAGAAAAGCUACAGGAAGAAAAAGAAAAGUUGCUGAAACAGCUGGAGGAUCUACAGCGAGAAAGGACCCGGUUUCAGGACAUGCUGAACAGACAUGUUGAUAACCAACUAGCCAGCCAGCCUGGGCAUUAUCCCAAUCCAGGUCCUCCUGCAUUUGUGGCUGAACCGCAUGAAUUCUGCUGCCCGAAAUGUCAGUACAUUGCCCCUGAUAUGGACACAUUGCAAAUACACGUGAUGGACUGUAUACAGUAAUGCUUCCAAACACUAUUGAUUACACUGCCCUGGACAAUCUGACACAGUCAAUACAAGUUUUUUCUACUAGCUGAUGAAAGAGGCUGAAUAUGCUUAAUUUUUAAAUCCCAUUCAUAAGAUCGUCGAAGGAGUGUGGGGGGGGGGACCCAGAAUUUACAUUUUUACAAGUCUGAUUUUAUCAGUGUAAAUACCUUUUAAUUCUUUAUGGCUUGAGGGAACUUGCUCAUUGCAUAUAAAUGAGUUAUUUAUAGAUAAGCACAGUUCUGGGCAAACAUGCACUUCGUUAAGAAUUGGGAGGGAGCCUCUGUAUAAUUAUACUGAACGCCACUGUUGACUGAUGGAUUUUUUUUUUUUUUUUUUUAAUUUCUUUUUAAAUAAGUGCAAUUGGGAAAAACAUAUGGAUAAUCUGUGCCUUUCUCUCACAAAAAAAUAAAAAUGUGCUGCUAUAA